AUGUAUCGGCAAUAUAUUUUGACCAUUUUUUCUACAUUUAUUAUUCAUUACAGAGUGGAUGCUGAAUUGCCAAAUAAGAUGGCUCAUUUAGAUAUAAUGGAGAUGGAUAUUCCAAACAAUGAAAACUCUCCCAAUAAGGCUGAUGCUACAUCAAGAGUCUUAAGAAAAAGGAAGUCGCUUAUGCCCGAAAUUAAUAAAUCUAAUAAUCGUAGAGUUAGCAUGAAACCACGCAAACAUAUGACUGAAAAUGCAAAUCCCAAGCAAAUUGAAGCUCUUUAUUUAAACAGGAAAGUAAAAGCUUUAUCACAAACCUUGGAGACCAUUUAUGAAGAGCCUAAGACUGAAAACAAUUCCACAGAGACUUUAAUAGGAGGCAGAAAAGUUAAAAGACUACUUACAUUCCAAUUAGGUAAUCAAUACACAAAAGAUAAAAUAAAGAAACGAAGGGCUAAAAUUAAGAAACUCCUUGGCAAUAAAUCAUUUCUAAAUAGGAAGAAAAUACCUAUGCAAGUUUUUCUUAAGACAAUAGAGUGUCUAGAGCUAGAUGAAACUGUACAAAGUGAUACGAAAAUAUUGAGCAAUGAUAAAGAAGCAGCAUAG